AGAACCGUGACAGCUGUCUGUCAUUCCAGUUACACCAGGUCUCCUGGCAUCAUAUCCUGGUUGAACUCUAUAUCUAUACACUAGCCAACCUCUUCUUUCACUAGGCUUCAGUGGCUCACACCGACAAAUGUGUGCCCUUCAGACUUGCCAACCGGCUUGGAUUCCCUACAAACCCAAGGACGAGACGAUGUCACUCUCCUGGCUUGGCACCAUAUGGGUUGGAGGACGUGACAGGGGAUCUCAAGGCCAUGACUUGGCCGAAGAGCGGUGAAUUCAGUUUCCUUUGUUCGCCACAAACUUCUCACAAGCCGGGCCAUCCAUGGCUGCCUAAAGCUUUCCAUGAUGUGUGUGCUGUAUUUAUAUCGAAGCGGCCUUGUUCAGCUGCUACACCGGACAUCUCGUCAUUGACCAGUGCAUUCGUCCUGCAAUCACCGGGCACAAUCGCCGCCCUACAGACCGAACAUCUUUGUGCAUCAUGUCCGAUUCUCCAAUGGAGCCCUCGAGCGAGCCAAACGACAGCGGGUACUCGAGCGCUCAGGCCUCAAUCGAGUAUCGCGAGUCUCUGCUUACGGACGUGCGACGUGGGCAUCUGGCGGAGCUGCGCGACUCCGUCUAUAAUAAUUACUACGGCAUCACAGAUAGAUUUGGGCGAGGGGAGCCCUUCCAGGAGCUGGAACCAGCCAUUCGUGAUCUCUGGUUCGCAUUCCAUGUCUGGGCGCGUAACAUCUCCCAUGAGACGCCGGAACACGAUCGGAUAGUGUUGGACUUCAUUCGGUUUCAGCUGUCCGGACCCUUACAGCGACUGGUGAAGGAGAGUGACCACGAGUUCGAGGUGGCCCAAACCUCGACCGGGGCGGUCUUGUGGCGCGAUGUGCCCUUGUUCCUCGAGGACACGACCGCCUACUUUAUCCAGCACUUUCCCACGAUGAGGCCCGACCAUCGACUCAACUUCACCUACUUUGUGGCCAAGGUCGCAUCCACCGGGUUGCUGCAAGACCGACUCGCCGAAGUCGCUCUAUUGACCUUCCGCGAGGCGUUAGAGACCGACCGUCCACUGGGAAGCCUCGAUUCCUCACCAGACUCCUCCCGGCCUGGGCAGACACUGUCCGACCUGCCCAUCGCCGCUUUCCUCCCCGCCAUCCGCGCGUGGAUCUUCGAGUGUGGACGGAGAAUGAUUAACUUAUGUGAUGUGUCUUGGAAGGAGUGCGAUGCAUCGCUGGGCCGUGGGGGUUCGUUGUUCCUUCAGGCCACGGAGCUGAGUCGCAAGGCGCCAGUUGGUCUUAGUGCAGGGCGAUGGCUGUUCUGGAUCAAGAGGGUGGACCAGAUCCACGAGCAGGCAACACAGGCCCAGGAGACGAAACUCGCCGAGGAGGCCUGGGUUACCCUGGAGUUGAUGCUCAACCCGCUCGAACAUCGGGAUAGUCCCGUUUCUCGAGCGUACAAGGCCGCACUCGACGGCUUUAUCCGGGUCAAGUGGCCUGAGUUCUGGGCCUUGAAGAUGCCGGUUGAAGAGGAAGACAUCGAGGCACGUGAGGAUGAGCCUGAGAAGCCUCUGCUUGGAGAGGACUAGACGUGAAGGGCGAUGGUGUCAUGGUGAAAUGCAAGAACUUCUUCCUUGUCGCUGCUUUCCGAGCAAGUGCAGUGCCGUCAAAACCAAUUUUAGUCGAUGUAAAGCUGUCACUACGAUCUACAUGUUUUGUACUCAACUAUCGUCUUUCUCGGGAGAAUUUAAACCCCUCAGUUCGUAAGACAAAGAG